AGAGACGGGAUGCCUGCUUGUACGGAAGAAACAUGUGGUGUUCCUGUCGACUGCUGCGCCAGGCAGCCCUCAGUUUAAAGACUGCGCGGCCAGCAAGGGCUGCCGUAAUUGUAAAUUGGUUGACUUGUAGAAGCAGCCGUAAUAGCGGCCUUUUACGGCAGCGACCGUCGGCCAGCAAGAAGCCUCUUUUUAAUCUUGGCUACAUACAAAGUGCACGUGUACUUGUCUGCCACUUUUUCACUGCUGAGAACCAUAAUGUGUCAUAUGGAGAACUCAAAGACUUACUAGAAUCCAAGGCUAUUCAGCUCAUUGAUGUUAGAGAGAAAUGGGAAAUUGGAGAACAUGGGAAAAUCCCAAGGUCCAUCAACAUUCCAUUGAGCGAGGUUGUGGAGGCCCUACAGAUGAAACCGGAGCAUUUUAAAAAGCUAUACAAUCAAGAUAUGCCCUCUAAAUCAGACCGUUUAAUUUUUGUCUGUAUGGCAGGAGUGAGAAGCAAGCAAGCUGUAGCUGCUGCAAAGUCUUUAGGUUUUGGCAGAGCUCAGAACUACAUUGGCGGCUUCAAAGAAUGGGCAGAGCAUGAGUCACCAGGAAAAACAUGAUUUCUGGAAUGACCAACUAUUCAACAACCUGGAAAACUACUAAUAUGAGCUAAGGUUUGAGCUACCUAAUAUUUGCAAAUCUACACAGCUUUGGGUUUGUUCUAUGUAGCAGAAUGUCGGUUUCAUAAUCAGUCUGACUUUGCAAUGUUAAUAGCAUUUUCUUCAAAGAAA